AUGAUGGCCCCACUUGAGACCGGCACAGCACAACACCUUGCUCUGCGGGAGAAGGCGAAGAACUGGGCAGCCAAGUUCCGUCCCCAACAUCUACUUUGCUAUGAUGUUCUUCCCUUGAUCAAGGCAACCGCCUUGAAAACUUUGGAGUAUGUGAUGCCCCUUUCCACAAUUGCCCAAUCCGACUGGGUGUCCAUCAUGUCACCGAUCCUCCAAGCGAGUUUGCACAAAGCUGCGAUUUGCCGUUCCUUUCCCCGUGUGGUGGUCUUUGCCGCUUUGAAAUACCAGGGACUGGGUAUCCCGCAUCCUUUCGCCCUUCAAGUCUUCCACCAUCUCAGUGUUCUAAUGCGCCAUUUGGCCAACCGUACCAAGACCGGCCAGUACCUGGAGGCCAACCUACAGUCCCACCAACUUGAAACGGAACCCACCAACACCGGGAUCCUCGCCUCCAAAACAUUUGACCAAGAGGAAUUGCUGUGGCUCAACUGGUGCCGCCAGUUUUUCCAAGUCACCACCCUCUCGGAACUCACCACCGCUGACGGUUGCUCCCUGACGGCAGCUUCUCUUGCCGGCCAACCCUCCGGACACUUUGUGAACAGCUACAACUGGCCCCGAACCCGAUGCCCUGGCCCCUCUCAUUGGGGGUUCUGGCAAUGCGGAUCUCCAUCAUACCUGGACGGGGCCCCUCCCUGGGGACGUCCAAAGGGCCUCAGUCGACCUUCACCCACGGACAGCCUACGUCACUGUCAAGGGCACAGCCCCAGUGGUCCCACCAGAUCCAGAGUCCUUGCCAGCCUCGAUCCUACACCUCUGAAGGAUUUGGCAGCUGACAUGGACGACAAUUGGGGAUGGGUUCCGGAAUACAUCUACAUUGAAGGUGACAAACAAGUUCUGCUGGCGGCACUGGAGAAGGGCAAGCUACAGGUGAUCAGCGAUGGCUCCUUCAAGCAACCAGUGGGCACAGCCGCAGUCCAGCUACAGACUUGA